AUGAUGCGAAUCCUCGAAGCACAGGCUCCGGCACGGCAGACUGCCACGGACACCAUCCAGACGCUCAGCAGCCGCCUUUCAAGCGCCACUCUGCUGGAAGAUCGACGGGCCGCUAUCCUCGGUCUGCGCAGCUUCGCAAAGCUAUACCCUGCUUCGGUCGCCUCCGGCGCGUUGAGAGAUCUCAUUGCCGGGCUGAGACGAGAUGGAGACGAUUCAGACACAAUCAAGAUUCUGCUGGAGACACUGUUGAUGCUGUUUGAGCCGGAUGAGAAAUCAACAGAGGCUUCGGAGGAGAUCAGUUUGUGGCUGGCCGACGAGUUUACACAGAGACAGGACAACAUCACCGCACUCUUGGACUUACUCGAGCCUAAUGAGUUCUACUUACGCCUAUACGUCCUCCAAAUUCUUUUCCAUAUAUCCACGGCACGACCACAGCGAACUCAAGAGGCUAUAUUCUCGGCGCCUCUGGGCGUCUCUCGAAUAACAAAUUUGUUAGAUGACGGACGUGAAGCAAUUCGAAAUGAGGCUUUGGUUCUGCUGGUAGCCUUGACCCCUACAUCUGGGGAAAUACAGAAAGUAGUGGCCUUUGAGAACGCCUUUGAUCGUAUAUUUGCUCUGAUUGAUGGCGACGGCGGUCUUACGCACGGCUCUACCACUGUUCAAGAUUGCUUGUCACUUUUGGCCAAUCUUCUGAAUCUCAACACUUCGAACCAAUCUUACUUCAGAGAGGUCGGUGGGAUCCUGGAGAUCAAGAAGCUGUUAUCGGCCACCGUGGAACAAGAGGACUCUGGAGAUGACGGCUCAGAAUGGUUGAAGCCACAACGGGAUAUGAACGUAUGGGGCUUAUUGGGGGUCAUUCAGUUAUUCCUUGCUCAGGGUUCUCAAGGGACUGUGGUCAAUCAACAAGCAUUUUGGGGCACCGGAGUACUAGACGUUAUCCUGCGAAUUGCCUUUCAUCCUGCAUUCAACACGGGUGUGCGGACAAAGUCAUUACAAACGUGUGGCGACAUCAUCCGAGCAAAUCAUAGUCUCCAGGAAAGAUUCGGAGACCUUGGAGUCCAGAUCAAAGAGCCCGAUAGUCCUACUACUAAUGGUCACCCGUCAAAUGCCAUCAGUGAGCGGCCGUCCAAGCCGAAGAACCCUACUUUCCGGACUCAGAACGUCAUUGAGUCACUUCUAGAGCUGGCACUAGAGCCUGCUCCUCUGGCUCUGUUUGAUGUCCGACUGGCGGCAUGUUCCUGCCUUCAAGCAUUCAUGAAUGGCCAUGCCGGCAUACGAAUUCACGUGCUGCGGAGGGCUAUUGAUGGACACAAAGCAGGCGACGAUGCAAUUCCCAACAUGCUUAGCGUUUUGCUUGAACCUCCUGGGUCACGCAACAACUCCGACCCCUAUCAACAAUGGAUGGCUGCGGUACUUUUGCUGCACCUCCUCCACGACAAUGUUGAGACCAAAGAGAUGGCUUUGAAGGUGACAGAAGGCGAUGCCGAAAGUGGGGAAGAGGUGGUCACUUUCAUACAGAGCAUAACCAGCAACGUGGUUGCGGGGGUACAGCAUGUGGAGGAUGAGCGCGCAUUGCUCGGCUAUUUGAUGCUGUUGUCUGUAUGGUUGUUCGAAGACCCGGAAGCGGUCAACGACCUGCUCGCAGAAGGCAGCAAUGUGCAAGGUCUCAUCGCUGCUGUCAAGAUCACCAAAAAUUCGAUGCCUCUCGUUGCUGGUCUCUGCGCAUUCAUGCUCGGAAUAAUCUAUGAAUUCUCAACAAAAGACUCUCCUGUUCCGCGGAGUACACUUCAGGGACUUCUGACAACAAACCUGGGCAGGGAGGCUUAUGUGGAUCGACUGACAAAGCUUCGAGAGAAUGUCUUUGUCAGAGAUUUCGAAGUCCUCCCGCAGACUGGCAAUGGCGGCUUGCCCGAAGUGUUCUUCGACAAGAUGUUUAUUGACUUCCUGAAAGAUAAUUACAGCCGAUUCUUACGAGCCAUUGACCGGGAUCCGAAUUUUGAGGUUUCCAUUGUCAGCAACGGCGUUCAGAAGGGCAUCUCUCGAGAUCUCGUCGACAGCCUCAGAGCUCAAGUGGAGGAACAGAAACGAGCCUUGGAAGCCGCAAACAAUGAAUUGCUGCAGCUGAAAAGGAGGCUGGAACAAGAGGAGCUCGAUCACCGUAGGACACGAGAGUCUGCCACUGUCGAGCUAUCUAGAAUCAAGCAAAUAAAUCAGAACUUGCAAGACAACCAUGAGGACGAAAUCAACAAAAUGCAAAACGGGUUCGCCCAUGAGAAAAGCAGCAUGCUGAGGAAUCACGAGGAAGAGCUUAGCCGAAGGCGCAAUGAACAUCUUACUGCUGUCGAAACCGCGCGAAAGCAGCAUGAGUUGGAAGUCCAGAGGUUCGAGCAACGGCUGAAAAUGAUUGAGCAGGAAACAGCGCGGGAUCACGCCGCUCUGAAUGAGCGUCACACACGAGAACUGAGCGAGGUAGAGGCUCAAGCCCAGAAAGCUCGGGAGAGAGAAGCGGCCGAGAUUGCAGACCUGCAACGCAGAAUUUCAGAGUUGGAGUCUCAGCUGCUGAAGGCUGAAUCCAACCAUGUCCAGGAUCUUGAGACCGCACACGAAGAAUACAAGAACAAAACCGAGAAUUUGGAAGCCCGGCUCAAGCGGGCUGAGAGUCGUGCUCAAGAUGCCGAGAGCCGAUCAAAGCAUCUAACUGACGACCUCGAGAAAGAAAAGUCCGCUCGAAAGGACGUUCAGACCGAACUCGACGACCUUUUAGUUGUCUUUGGCGAUCUCGAAGCGAAGAGGUCCGCCGAUAAGAAGAAGCUCAAGGAACUGGGACAGGAAGUCUCCGAAGAUGAAGACGAAGAUGAGGAGGAUGAGGAGGGUGAAGAUGAAGACGACGAGGAGGCGGGCGCUAAUGAUGAUGGCGUGGAUUGA